CAACCUGAGACACACGCUGUUCAUGUUCAUGGGUUUCAGUUUGGCCUUCAACACCAUCAUCCCAGACAUGUUCCACCAGAAGCUCACCCACCUCCACCUGCCAGUGGAUCACCAGCUUCCUGAUGCCCAGACCAGCACUGGCCUGUCACCAUAUCAGCAGCAGGUGUUUGCAGACUGUGUUGAACGGUACCACCCGGCGCCGCCUGAUGACGUUUCUCGUUCGGCGGGUUAUUUUCGAUGCAGUGGCGCUUUUGAUGUAAACAAACACACAGUCAGACGGACGGAGGUCAGCGGGAUGAACUGCGACCAACUACUGCUCCACCCGCGGGUCAGCGCUGCCCUGAGGAGAGUUCAGCUAAAGUCUGUGAAGGAUGUGGUUUGUGCUUCUGCUCCAGACCUGCAGAGACUCACCGGUUUGUCCAACUCUGAUGUCCAGCAGCUGAUCACUGCUGCCGCUGCCGUCUGCAGAAGGCACCCUCCAAUCACAGCACAGCAGCUGCAGCACGGCGUGUCUGGCGCCCAGCUCAGGCUCGGCUGUCCAGUUCUGGACUGCCUUUUGAGGGGCGGUUUGCCUGUGGGGGGCAUCACUGAGCUGGCUGGAGAGAGUGGCACCGGCAAGACUCAGGUGGGCCUGCAGCUCAGCCUCUCGGUGCAGUACCCAGCAGAGCACGGAGGGCUGGGAGCAGGUGCGUUGUAUGUCUGCACUGAGGACUCAUUUCCCAUUAAGCGUCUGCACCAGCUGAUUGGCGAGCAAGUCUGUCUGCGUUCUGACGUUCCUGCGGACCUUGUAAGCAGUCUUCGCUUCAGCGACCACGUUUACAUUGAGCAUACCGCGGACCUGGAUUCCCUCCUGGUGUGCCUAACACGCCGUGCCCGCCUCCUACUGACACGCGGUCUGGUGCGACUAAUCGUGGUCGACUCAGUGGCAGCGCUGUUCAGGACCGAGUUCCAGGCCGAUGAUUGGCUAGAGAGGAACAGACAGCUACUCACCUUCUCCUCCAUGCUGCAUCACCUGAGUCAGGAGUUCAGCACACCUGUGCUCUGCAUCAACCAGGUAACAGAUGUUUUCAGCCAAUCACACAACAGUAUGGGGCCUUCGCUGUCCACCGUGUCUCCUGCUCUUGGGUUGGCGUGGGCCAAUCAGGUGAUGGUUCGGCUGAUGAUGAGCCGUCUCCAAGGAACGGUCGUCCGUGGUGACCAGAGCAGUGCUCUCCGCAGGUUGGAGGUGGUGUUUGCGCCUCACCUGGCACGUGACGGACAAAACGCUGCCGUGUGGAGGGAGGGGCUCAGAGGAGUUGAGAGCUGGACUUCAAAUAGAAAAUAAACUUUAUUAAACAGCAUCAGAUUAUUAAA